UGAGAACAGACAAACAGUGUCACGUGACUCUGUUUAAAGUGAAAGUGAAAUGAUAUUUCCGACAUUUUGUUGAAGCUCACUGUUGACGGAAGGCAUUUUACAUCCUCGGUCUUGUGUGAUUCUCAUCUCGAUGGAUAAACUGUGAUGGAAAGACCUGCGUCUUUGAAGAAGCAAGAAGAGAACAUGAUGUAUCAGAGCUUUGAGAACACAGUGUUCAGAGGAGAAGCAGAUGAUGAAGAUCUCCGGCUGCUGCUGAUCGGUAAAACCGGAUACGGGAAAAGCACCACAGGAAACCUCAUCUUUAAUGAUCGGGUGUUUGAGUCAGAAAAGAGCUCUUCAUCAGUGACCAGAGUCUGUAAAUCACACACUGGAUCUGUUCAUAACAGGAGCGUGACAGUGAUCGAUACUCCAGACUUCAGAUUCUCCACUCACACUGACUUUGAUUCAGACUCGGAGCUGAAGAGAGCUCUUGAAUUAUGUUCAGCAGGAGCUCAUGUCAUCCUGCUCUUUCUGCCUUUAAGCACUUUCACUGAGCAGGAGAUGGAGUUCAUCAGCUGGUUUGAGCAGAAGUUUGGAGCAGAAGCUCUCAGAUUUACUCUAGUGCUCUUCACUCACGCAGAUCAGAGACACAUGAGAUCACUAGGAGAGAUGAUCAGGGCAAAUCCUCAGUUAUCUGCUUUUAUUGAGCGAUGCGGUCAGAGAUAUCGUGAGUUUAACAUUAAAGCUCCAGCAAACAGACAGCAGGUGACUGAACUCAUAGAGAAGAUCGACAGACUGGUGUCUGAGAACAGAAACUCCUGUUACACACUAGAGGUGAUGCUGGAGACGGAGAGGAGAAGAGAGGAGGAGAAGAGAGCAGAGGAGGAGAGGAGAGAGAGAGAACAUCAGAUGAUGUUAGACAGAGUCAGAGAAGAGACUGAGGCAUGUGUGAGGAAGGAAUAUGAACAGGAGAAAGAGAGAAGAGAAGAAGAGGAGAGGAGAGAGAGAGAACAUCAGAUGAUGUUAGACACAGUCAGAAGAGAGACAGAGAUGCGUGUGAGGAGAGAAAUUGAUGAGGAGAAAGCUGGAAAGAGGGAGAAAGGUCUGUUCUUUAACCCUUUUAGGCAUCAGGGGUUUUUUUGGGGAAAAAUGCAGGAUUUUGACAUCAAGAUUUCAAAAGCUUGUGGCUUGAAAGUGCUUAAAGAUAGAGAUCUACUGUAAAUUAGAAAAAUGUUGGGCAUGACCGAAAGUUUAUGUGGGGUGUAAAUAUACUCUAAAAUACAUCUAAUACAUCUAAUUUGCAUAUUAUGAUGUCAUCAGGGGGCGGCCCUCUUGAAUUUCAUAAUAUUCAGGAAAUAGUAGAUAUUGAAUUGAUAUUUGAACUUAUUUGCAUGUUUUUUUUUUUUUGUCUUUUUAUCCUCAUUCCAAAUGAUCAGAAAAGAGGAAACCAACAAUAAAAAGGAGAAAGUACUAAAUUAUUACUAUAUUACUAUACUAUAUAGUAGUAAAACACAUGUGAACAGUAGCCUACUUUUGAUCAGUUCAUCAGUAAUAUUGUUUUAUUUUAAAGAACAACUGCGGUGACAAAAAAGACAAUAAUACCAAAUAGUCCAUCAGUGUGAACUGGGGUUUUAUGUGUGAAUGAUGGGAAUAAAAACCUUGCUGAAAGAAACCCCUUUCUUUUUCUUUUUUUUCUUUUUUUUUGCAUGUAGGCCUAUUUUAAAUGUUUUUAUUUACUAAAACAGCUGUUAUUAAAUCUGACCUACAGCAAAUAUUAUUAUUAAUGUGCUUUAGUGCGUAUUUAAGCAAUAAAUGUUAAUUUCUCUGCAACAUUUUUAUUUAUACUUUUAUAUAUAGGCUAUAUGCACAAAUUAAAUUCCUGGUUUUGUUGCUCAGUCCUUUAAAAAGAACCAGGAAUCACUGUACUACAUUACGCCUACUGCUUUUAGAUAACUAUUAUAGUCUUUAAUAAAUAAAAAAAUUAUAAUCACAGAGAAGG